GGAGGAGUAUGAAGAAGGAAUGUCAUUAAUUAUGUUUGGUGCAUCCUCAAGCAUGAAGUUUGUUCCCUUUGCACUGACACAUGAAGAGUGUGUUUCUAUGACAAAAUACUGGGCAGAGGCGAAAGGUCAAAUUCCACAAUGUAUGCAGCCAUUACUUAAUAAACAG